GUGCGACGCUUGGCAGAUCGGGUGGCGAUGGUGUCUUCUGAAGUUUUCGGACUACCGGAGGGAUGCUCACCUUCCAAGAAGCCGCGACAGAUCAAGUCUCGGAGUUCACUGGUGGGAUUCUGUCUCCUGUACCCUGUAUUCUGCUUCCUCGUUCUGGCACCUCAGACUGAAGCCUCCAAGGUACGGUGUGGCCGGGAAUUGGUGGAGGACCUGCAUUUCGUGUGUGGAGACCGCGGAUUCUAUUUCAGUAAACACUACGGUUCCCGUUAUUCAAGUCAAGUACGGGUCAAAGGCAUCGUGGAGCUCUGUUGUCUCCGGGGAUGUGAUCUGCAGCUGCUGGAGGCCUAUUGUGCCAAACCAAAGAAGACAAAGAGGGCCGCAAGGGACCUGGCGAGAAUCCCAAGGAAUCAGAAGAAUGAGGAUGGUCACAUACAGAAGACCUUGCAAAGGAUUACUGCCCCCCAUAGAAUGAUCUCUAAGGUUUCAAGAUUUAAGAAGCUAUUCCAGUCAAAGAAGCAGAGAAUGUCUCCUUUUCUUCAGUCCAGUAGAAGGUUCAGGAAAAUUGUCCAGUUGAUGAACACAUAGAGCCAGCUGAUUUAGUGAGAAAAAGUCCGGACUAACCUAGAGACGGAGUUCUGGCAGCACCUUUCUUUAUUACAAAGUAUGUAUUUGUAAACGCGGCUUCUUUACAGAUUUUGACAUUGUUCCCAUUCUGUACGCAGAAGUGAAAAGAUCAAACUCAUAUCUAUUCAAACACUGACAUACUGUGUUUGUAUGAAA